CCUCGAUGGACCACUUGGUCAUUUUCUGCCGUCUCUUUUCUAUAUUUCCAUGUGGGGACCGAGCUACCACCUUUACUAAGUUGCACUACAUGGGCAAGGGCGGACUGACAACUCAUGGGGCCCCCGGGCAACAGGGGAUCAUGGGGCCCCUGUGUCCUUGCCCAAACUCAAAAAAGCCUAUGAAAAAGGUACCAAGGGCAUCUCAUGGGGCCCCCUACUGACCCCGGGCCCUCGAGCAGUGCCCGAGUUUCCAAAUGGUCAGUCCGCCCCUGCCU